CGAAGGCGCGAUUUCACAGCCACAGUUAACCAUCUCAUCGCCACAGUGAACUUCAGGCUGUGUUCUUUCACACCGGCCUUUAAACAAAUCUCCUCGAGCAGCAGUUGAACUGUUCUGUUUCCGGCCGUAAGUCAGGGUCCCCGCAGGAAAUAGUUCCCCUGUUCUGUCGGUGGUUUUUGAUCACGAAGCCCCUGACAAGCCUCACGGCGUCCAUUUUUCCCUGAUAACGUUAAACUGACCCGGUUUGACUAAAACAGGAGUUCACUUCUGCUUCUGAAGGUAAGCAGACAAACGUCUGUCGGUCAUGGCGUCUGUCCACCGCAUCCAGGCGGGUUUUAUAUUCCAAUAAACGGUCCAGCAGGAGGAGGUAAAUCUACAGAAUGGAAGAAGACGCGGUCCCGCGGUCCUGCAGCUCUUCCCCCGCAGGUACCGGGCGGCAGAACCUCCGGUGCCGCCGGGACGAGUUUUGAACCAGGUGGCGGCAGCAAGAUGGCGUCCGAGGCUGCGCAGUACCGGAGAAGACGAGGACGGGCGCUGACGUUUCAGCGCAAGGACACCGCAUGCAGUUAUCCCCCUCAGUAAGAACAUAACCACGGUGCCGGAGAUGGUUUUACGGCGGAAUAACAGACGGUAGCGCUCGGAUUCAUGUCACACCGUCGAAACACUCGAUCUGUUCCACCACGCAGAAGGAUGCUGUCUUGAACCAUGGUACAGAUGUAUAAAAAGCAGGACCCUCCUCCCCUUUAGAUGUCUGGGACCUGUUCAUGGCUUCUAAGAAGAAGCAGAAAGGAAUGGUUCUCCAUCAAGAAGGGGCAACCACCCCUGCAGCAGCACCUGCAGGGGACCAUCCCUCUGCAUGCUUUGUUGUUCCAAAACUAGGGAAGGCGAGUGACGGUGGGAUGGAGCAAAGCACCGGUGGAAGCAGUGAAGAGGCAGAUAUGAUGGGUAAACCAAUUAUGUACCCAUCAAAGGAAGCCAUCAGGACUUCUGUUGGACUCCUUUCUGCGAAACAUCCUGCCAGUUCAAACUCUCAGCCAGACAAUCUCUCACCAGACAGCAUCUGCAAAGGCAUCCGAGUGACGCUGGACAACAACAGCAUGUGGAACGAGUUUUUCAGAUGCAAAACGGAGAUGAUUCUGACUAAACAAGGCAGCAGAAUGUUCCCCUACUGCCGCUUUCGCAUCUCUGGCUUGCAUGCAUCUCGGAAGUACUUGUUGAUCAUGGACAUUCGACCAUUGGACAACAGUCGAUACAAAUGGACCGGCAAGAGCUGGGAAGUUGCUGGAAAGGCAGAGUGUCAUUUAAAGAGUCAGCCAUUCGCUCAUCCAGAUUCCCCGUCAACGGGUCAACACUGGAUGCAGAGUCCAGUGUCCUUUUACAAACUGAAGCUCACAAACAACAUCUCAGACCAAGAGGGGAACGCCAUCCUGCAUCCGAUGCACCGCUACUUGCCACGACUGCACGUGGUCCAAACUGACAAAGCUGCUAAAGACUUAAAACUAACUGGUCCCAAUGUUGUCACAUUCACGUUCCCCCAGACUGAGUUUAUGGCAGUCACUGCUUACCAGAACUCACGGUUUUCUCAGCUUAAAGUCGACUACAACCCGUUUGCUAAAGGACUGAAGGAGGACGGCUCCAGUUUGUUGGGCCCAAAGCUGAAAUUGAACUCUUGCAAAGACUCGCAUAAAGGCGGUGACACGACAAGCAACGAGCAGAACCCUGUGAAGAAGAGCUUGAAGUCUUUGCUUGCAAACCAUAAACCUAGAAGCUCAAAAACAGCAGACUCAAAGCCUUCUGUGUCGGGUGAUCUCCAGAAAAUUCCACUACAAACAAAGAUCAGUCAGCUGCCAAGGUCACCGGGGAAUGUUCGCGCAACAAUUCACGUCCAGCUCAGAAGUUAUUUUCUGAACUUAUUCGGGAGGCUCACGUUUCACUGCAAAGAUGCAACCUGGAGCAGCUGGCCAUCAACAACGGCAGCACCUCUCACAGAACUGAGCAAACUAACACCACAACUGACAAACAACGUACAAGAUGUUCCCAAGAGGGACAGUUUGUCAGUCAAAACACAUGGAGAAAAAUCACCUGCAAAGAAAGGUGAAUCUGUAACAAAAAGGAAAGGGAAGGACGACAAGGACCCUUUGAAUUCAUUGAACUGUAAAAACAAUGUUAGAACAGAUUGUUCUGAGGUCAGUAAUGUUGCUGCACUGUCCCAGAACUCCUCUGUGGACUCCGUAGACCCCCAACGUAAGCCCGAAACCCCAUCAAAGGAGAAAGUAAAGCAGCACAAACAGCCAGUCCGUCUGCCUCUGCCAGCUCUCGCUCUUUUUUUGAAGCAACAUUCGACGAAAUCUAAAAAGGUCAAGAGCGACCCGGACAAUCCCUCUCCAGCACUCCCAUCUGAAUCUACUGCUCUACUGAGUUCUACUGCAGCUUCUGCAUGCCCGCCUUCUGAUCACGGCGGCAAUGCGACCGGUCCCUUGAAGGACCUGAUUGGUGAUGGCACCAAAUGCAACAACCAGGCCUCGGGAUGUACUCCUCUUCAUGCGGAUGAAAUGGUUUUUAGUGUUACGGGACAGCCAGCUGGAACUGCCCAGCAGCCUUCCAGUCCAUCGUAUCCAGAUGCUAUUGCCACUGCUGAUCCAAAGGGACACAGAACUGAUGAUUUCUUUGCCUCCAUUUCAUUUGCUGAAAGCCCAGGCUCAGAGCCAGCAGUACCAGAUGUUACGCCAGUAUUAUCCAACUCUGAUCAGACAUUUUGUACCCUUGGAACAUCUGUAUAUACCAGUUCGUCAACUCUUACUACCUCUUCUGCAUCUCCCGUUUUGUCACCACCCUAUGACACAGCGAUACCUGCCCCAAACUCGCCACAAACCUCAACCAUCACUGAGUCUUCCUCACUACCUUCAGAUGACCCCACCAUGAAGUCUGAUUCUUUGCUUCCUGACCCUGAGUGUUCUUCUUUUGGCUUCGAGACUUUGUCCCCAGCAAGCUCUCCAGAACCUUUACCUUCCCUGCCCACCGCGUUAGCUUUAGAACUCAACUCCACUACUUCUGAGCCAACUCUAAAAGCAGUACCGGAAGAGCUACCGCUUGGCAAAGACGUUACCCCAUGUGUGUUUAAAUGGCAUACAGUGUUACCUCCGCCUGAGCCAUACAUGGAGACUUCAUUUACACCAUUUCAGCACUCUCCCGACGCUCAUCCUUUAGCGUCUGUUAUGUCACCUUCAUUGCCUUCUCAGACUCCCUCCCACCCUGAACAACAGACUCUUGACACAUCCAGGCCUCCAGCGGAUGCUGCUCCGUCAUUUCAAGAAAACGAACAGUUGCUGCCCUUCCCUGCAGAACUGUCCCCCCUCGCACUUCAGUUGCCGCUGUCUCCAACCUUCUCUUCAUUAGACGGAGAGGGAUUGUCACCCACACCGUCUCUCGCAGACCUUGUACAUUUUUUCUCCACCGAUGAUGACCUUGCGAUGGGGGUGGAGUUUUCCAACGCAGAGACAAUGGCAGUUCCCUGCCCACCUCCAAGUGCUGUAGAAGCAAAUGCGCAGGACCCUUUUCAGCAGGUGACACCAACCCAAGCCAACAAAUCCUCCAGGCGCAAGAAGAAGUCCCGGCAGCGAAAGCUUGCUAAGACGGGACUGAAUCAGAAGACGGACGACUCCAACUACACUAGCAUGCAGCCUAACCUGGAGGAAGUGGAGGAGCAAUUAUUUAUCUCGUUCACAUCAAAGGAGGCGCUCAAACUUCACACUGUGGACUCGUCUGAAGGAACGGCGUCGCAGCCUGAGACGACACCUGAGGGUCAGAACCUGCAACAAUCUGCGGACGCACCUGAGAGCGCAGAGACAGCGGAGUGUUUGGAGGAGAAGAUCGCUGCCUUUGAGAAGGUUCUCCUGACAGACCUGAAGCUGAUGAGACACCGACAGGUGAUCCACCCUGUGCUGCAGGAAGUCGGUCUGAAGAUGAACCUGCUGGAUCCGUCUCUGGCCAUAGAUCUGCAGUACCUGGGAGUCCGUCUUCCUAUCCCUCCUCCUGGUGUCUCUCUGGAGCCGCUGACCCAGGAGCUACCACCGCCUCAGGGUGUUUCUGCAGCGUUCGUGUCCAGAACCGGAAAAACAACAGACGUGACUCAGAUUAAAGGUUGGAGAGAGAAAUUCACUCCACCAGAGGCUCCGUCCGCUCCGGUGCCCGCCAACCCAGAAGCUGGUCCCAGAUCAGAGCUGCCGAAGAAGAACCUGUCGGCGUUCUGCAGCGACAUGUUGGACGAGUACCUGGAGAACGAAGGGAAGCUGAUCGACGAGCGAGCCGCCAGCUUCUCUCAGCCCGUGGCGGAGCCGGUGGUCUACGAGCUGCCCGUCAGGAGCACCAGCUACGUCCGGACCCUCGACAGCAUCCUGAAGAAGCAGUCCGUCAGCUCGCCCACCUCAGACCUCAUAUCUGGGUUCAUCCCCCCGUCCAAGAGACCCAAACUCACCCGCAAAGAGACCACAACAUCCAGGAGAGAAGACAGGAAGCAGAGAGGUCCAAAACCCAGGAAACUCAGAGGAGAACCUCCAGGUUCAGCAUCUGAGCCCAGUCCAGCUGACUUAAACCUGGUCCCCAAACAGCCUGCAGGUCCAUCAGAACUCACAGCCCCUCACAAGUCAAAGAAACAACCUCCUGAAAGUCCAGUCCGACCACACAGAACUGUCAGCUCUCUCUCCACAACCCCCCGCCUUCAAAAGGAGGAAGAGGCUGAAACCCAAGACCUCGUCCCAAACCCUCAGCCCCCCCAGGUCCGCGGCCCCCCCACCCGGCCUCUCGGGAGACAUGGCUCGCUGGAGUCAGACUCUGAGCUCGGGACUGCCGUCGAUCAGAGCGCUGACUCUUACAGAAAGGACAGCGGGCCCAUGAUGACCCGAGCUUUGCUGAGACAGAAGGACCUGGAGGACGGGGUGGUGUGGGAGGGCCGCCUCCGGACCAGCAUCACCGAGGAGAGGGCCACCAUCGCUCUGACCUCGCUCUUCACACUAAAGGGUUUUGUCAGCGAGAACCCGACCGCUCCCAUCCAGCUGGUCCGGAGACGGGCCCCUCCCUGCCUGAACGAGUUCUGCAGGCUGGGAUGCGUCUGCUCCAGCCUGGCACACCGCUCCACCGGCAGCCACUGCGGCCGGCCGCACUGCAUGCUGGGCUGCAGCUGCCUCAAACAGAAGGUGGUCAUCCUCAAGAACCUGGACGGGUCCGACUCCAGCCCCUCGCGCCACGACAACAACAAGAAGAGGAAGAGGAAGAGGAGGAUGAAGAUGGCCUACGUUCUGAAGGAGGCGGACACCGUCUCCCAGCCUGCCGAGCGCGUCCGGACUCUGUGGAAGAGGGACGUUGGAGACUCGGAUCCAGACCCGGUCCACAUCCCUGAGCCAGCAUCUCUGUCCCGGCCCGCCAAGAGGAGAGAGGACGACAGCAGCUGUGCCCGGGUCAGAGGUUACACGGGGAAGAAGAAGAAGAAGACCAGGAAGCAGAGGGAUCCGUCUAACGACGUGAAGUCUAACGGCCUGAAGUCUAACGGCGCUCGGCUGAAAGCUUUGAAACAGAGAGACCUGACACUCAGGGACACAGAGGCAGCACCCCCACCUCCUCCCCCAGCAGGUGAACCGGUCCAGCCGGUGCCCUCCGGCCGGCCCGCCACCCCUCCCGCGGAGCCGAAGCCAUCGAAGCGUCUGAUCAUCUUGGCGGAAUGUAAGUGGCUGAGCGACGCCGACCGGAACCACGUGUUGAAGAAGCUGUGCGAGGCGAUGGCUAUGGACCAACUGAACCGACCCUUCUGGAUCAGAAAGUACCUCAUCAGUCCGAUCAGCCAGACGCAGGAGGAGAGCGGCGCCGACAGCUGCAUCCAGUACAAAAUCCACAUCUCCAGACCCCAACAGGACCAGGAACAACCAGCACAGCCAGAAAACCAGAAGGAGACAAACCGGCAGCAGCAGGAACACCUCAAACAGGUGCUCGGGGAGGCGGAGCCCUACGAAGACUGGCAGCGAGAGGUGGAGGAGGAAGAGGCGGAGCCUCACGAAGACUGGCAGCGAGAGGUGGAGGAGGAAGAGGCGGAGCCUCUCGAAGACUGGCAGCGAGAGGUGGAGGACGGUGACAUCGAGGAAGAGGCAGGAUCAACAGCUCACCAGGUGCGUGAUGGGGGAGAGAGAGCGAAGCUGAGGUCGAAGGAGGAGAGGGUCAGCAUGGCUCUGCCUUUCCUGACGGGAAUCUCGCCCGCCGGCUUCCUCUCAGCCAACAGGAAGCAGCAGGGGGCAACAGAGCACACGGUCCAGGUGAACGGGAAGCUCUAUCCUCUGGCUAAGAUCCAGUUGGGGAAGAUGGGGGCGCUCCAUCCUGCGAACAGACUGGCAGCCUAUCUCACCGGCCGGGUGGGCUCCAACAGGAACCAACAAGGUUCUCCUUCCUCUUCCUCCUCCUCUAAACCUCCUCAGAACCAGAGUCCAGGACCGACCCUGAUCACCGUGUCCUCAGAUACCUCUGUGGUGUCUGGCCUCGCUGCCGCCCCCCCACCCAGGCCUCAGACGUCGGUCACGGUGUUAACGCUGCCCACCUCCUCCACAGGGCUUCAGCCUGCAGCAGUGAAGGUCGGCCAAUCGGCUGCUUCCUCUGACCAGCCCGCGGGGGAAGCGCCUGAGUCCCGGGUCGUCACUGUGACGGUGUUCCCGGGUCCUACGGGAGGGGCCAAUCAGGUCAAAGUGGUACCUUCAGCCUUUGUCAGCUCCGCCCCCCCGUCAGACUGUCAGGUGAGCAGCUCGGUGGUUCCACCUGGAAAUCCGGCUUCUAAAGGCCCUCAGCUGUUGAUGGUUCAGGUCCCGGGCCCUCACGGGAAGCUUCCCGUACCGGGCCCGGCUCCCGGCCCCCCGCUGCCCCCCUCCACCGGUCAGAGGAUGGUGCUGCAGCCGGUCCAGGCAGCGUCAGGCCUUCAGUACUACCGCAGACCGGACGGUAAACUGGUCCAACUGGUUCCCAUCAGCCAGCUCAGAACCAGAGGUGCCCCCUCCCCCUCGGUCCUCCCUGCUGCACCUCGUGAGCCUGCAGUCGCCGCUGUUGUUGGGAACCAAACACGCCCUCUGACCACAGUGACAACCUCCACCGGCCCCUCCCCCUCCUUCUCCUCCCUGUCUGGCCUCCAGUCCUUCUCCGUGGCCCCCCUCUCGGCCCCGCUCCGGCCCGCCUCUGGUUUCCUGGCCCAGAAGGGGACGUGCACCUUUAAAAUCAUCCCCGCCGCCUCCAGAAAGGAACCCAUUGUCGUCACCUGCCCUAAACUGCCCCCCCGACCCCCCAUCAAAGUGGUGACUGCCGCCGGCGCCUUCACCGUCCUCCAGCCCCCCGCCCCCCCGAUGAACCUCGUCUCCCUCAACACCUCCGCAGGUGCGAGGGCCGAGCUUGGGGUCAGAACGGCGGCGGUGUCUGCGGCCCCUGUGGCUCCUAAAUUCCAGGAGAAACCUGCUUCACCACAAACCACCAACAUCCAGACCCCUGCAGGGGCCGCACACAGACCGCCAUGCCCUCCUGCUCCAGCACGGUCCGGGUCAGGGGCCACACCCGGACCCCCGCCGUACCCCCCUGCUGACAGGUUCAGCCUUGAGCCGGCCUGCGGCCUGGUGGACCUGGACAUCAUCUGCGUGGACGACAAGACGGGGCUCUUUACCACGACGGAGACGGAGGGCGGGGCCAAGCGGCCGUCGGACACGGUGGAUGUGGAGGCGUCCUCGAGCAGCGAGACGGAGAACUCGUCAGACUUCACGGAAGAGACGGAGAGCGGAGAAGAGACGGGGGAGGUCGUAAGCGUCCACCGCUUAAAUCACAACGCACUGGAGAAGCAGCGUCGAAGGAAGAUGUGGCAGCUGUUCGAAGGUCUGAGGAGAGAAGUGGGACUGAGCCAGGAGAGGACGUCUAAGGUGUCCACGCUGACGAAGGCGGUGCAGGUGAUCCAGCAGCUGAGGAAGACAGAAACAGAUCUAGAGAAGAAGAAGAGGAGGCUGAUGAAGAGGAGAGACGACUUCCUCACCACCAUCGCUCCAUCAGCAGAGCGAGGUGGGCAGGUGAGCCGCGGACACCGGCGAUCACCUGAGCGUGUCGCCAAGCUGCCAGAGAGAGGCGGGACAGGAAGUACAGAUGCAAUUUGAUAGAGGUGGUCGAUCUGUUGGACGAGACGGACGAAGUGACGGACAACUCGUCUGACGAGGAGCGAGUCGUCACCAAGACAACCGGCGUCCUCCCCGUCACUGACGCGGCUCUUGACGAGGUUCUGAGCGUUGACGUGGAGACGGUGGAGGAGGAGAGCGGUCAGCUGAAGGCGGCUCAGAGGACGCAGCCGAGCAUCCCAGAAAGCAGUCCAGGUGUGAAGAAGGUGGUCGUUCCUCGGAGCGUCA